AUGCUGCCAUUUGAGACCCUUCAAGAAGCAGAGCUUUUUCUGGGCAGAAAUUUGACAUUUGCAGAGGAGUUAUGGUUCAAAUACUCUGCCCAAAAAUCGGAUUAUUUUCUGUACUGCCACAACACGAUUUUCCUCUUCAUUUUCUACACGGUGCUGCCAUUGCCGUACGUGGCUUUGGAGCUCACGCGAUCCCGAAGGAUCGAUAGGUACAAAAUCCAGCCCAAGACGAAGAACUCGCUUUCGGACAUGCUCGAUUGCUACGUAAAAGUUCUCAAGACGUUUGUCGUUGCUGUUGUGCCCCUGCAAAUCUUUUCUUUUCCCGUCAUUCAGAUGAUUGGAAUCAGAACAAGUUUGCCACUACCGUCGGGCUCCGAGCUUUUCUGGCAAAUAUUGACAUACUUUUUAGUCGAGGACUACGCGAAUUAUUGGAUGCACAGAUUUCUACAUCAGAAAUGGGGCUACGAAAAUAUCCACCGGGUCCACCACGAGUACACGGCCCCAAUCGGGUUUGCAGCCCCUUACGCUCAUUGGGCCGAGGUCAUAACCCUUGGCUUGGCCUCAUUUCUUGGCCCAGUUAUUGCUCCGGGGCAUAUGGUCACCUUCUGGCUAUGGAUGAUUGUGAGGCAAAUGGAAGCCGUCGAGACUCACAGUGGGUAUGACUUCCCGUGGAGUCCUUUGAAGUACAUCCCGUUUUACGGUGGGGCCGUUUUCCAUGACUACCAUCACUACGUGGGAGGGAAAAGCCAAAGUAACUUCGCAUCGGUUUUCACAUACUGUGAUUACAUCUAUGGGACCGACAAGGGAUAUCGGUACAAGAAAGACGUUUUCGACAAGACAAGGGAAAAAACCGAACCGAAGCAAGAGUGA